AUGGAUCAAGAUAAUUCUCAACUAUCAUCUAGUCAACAUGAACAGAUUCAUCCUUUAAAAGAAAUCACAUAUGGAGCUAUUUCAGGUAUGGUUGGGAAAUUAGUCGAAUUUCCAUUUGAUACAAUUAAAGUUAGACUUCAAUCAACUUCAUCUGAUAAACAUGUUAGUACUUUAAAAAUGAUUCAACAAACUUAUCAAAAUGAAGGAAUAUUUAAUGGAUUUUAUAAAGGUUUAAAAGCACCUCUUGUUGGUGCAUGUCUUGAAAAUGCUAUACUUUUCAGUUCUUAUAAUACUGCAUCAACUAUAUUUGUCAAUAUAUUAAAUGAUAAACAAGAAGGGAAAGUAGUCUAUAACAAUGAUACAGUACCAUUUUGGACUAAACUUGUAUCGGGAGGUUUUGCUGGGUUUAUGGCUUCAUUUGUAUUAACUCCAGUUGAAUUGAUUAAAUGUCAAUUACAAGUAUCUAAUUUAACAAAUUCCAAAGUAGAACAUUCAUAUGCAAGUAUAAUUAAAUCAACAUUACGGAAAGAUGGGGUGAUUGGAUUAUGGAAAGGAUUAAAUUCUACCAUACUUCGAGAAGUAAUAGGAACUGCUAUUUGGUUUGGUACUUAUGAAUAUAUCAAUGAAUAUUUCAAGACAAAAAAAUUUAAGAGUUCAAUCUUAGGUAAUGAAGAUAUUCAAUUAUUGAUUAGUGGUGCUAUGGCAGGUGUCACUUUUAAUUUCUCCAUGUUCCCAGUUGAUACAAUUAAAUCAAAUAUUCAAACCAAUGAUCUUCUAAAUCAUGGACUGACACAUAAUGGAUUUUGGAAUACUGCAAGAGGAAUCAUAUCAAAACCUGGUGGAAUUAUCAAUUUAUAUAAUGGAUUAGGUAUAACCAUGAUACGAUGUAUUCCAGCUAAUGCAUUAAUUUUUUACACUUAUGAGUUUUUAAAACAAAACUUUUGA